GGGUGACGGCCGAAAAUUACCAAUUCUCCAAAACGCCAACACAAAGAGCCAAACCACAACCCAUCGCCACCAUCAGGCUGGCGGAAGCCACAUGUUAGUAGGCCCUACCUUAUAACGAAACCAAUUCCGACAAGCAAUCUUCUUCUCUCCCGGUUCCUUGACGCCCGAUCCUCCGUCCGGCAAUCUGAUAAUACUCCGAACCUCACUUAACCAUUGGAUUUGAACAUCGCGUGACGACUUGCGGCACUCACCAGAAUAAGGAUGACACCACCGCCCAACAGACGCCGAGACAAGCCACAGCUAUCAUGUAACACAUGUCGGAGACAGAAGGUGAAAUGCGACCGUCAGCAACCUUGCUCAACAUGUGUCAACAGAGGACACAGCCAGUCGUGCACCUACCCGUCAGGCACCGUACUACAGAAUGCCCCAGAUCGUCCCAAGGAGAAUCGGCGAGGAUAUUCUCGUUCUACUGUAGAAGGCCGCAUCCAAGAAUUGGAGAAGCUAGUCGUCAACCUCAUGCAGCAGGCCUCGUCGCCUUCCAGCUAUGCUUCAGUAGACACAUCGGCAUUUCCUAGCCCAAUUGCGACUCAAAAUGAUUUCCCUAUCACGGGGAUCGCUGGUUAUGACAUCAUUACGAAGACCUCGGAGAGCAACAGCGUCAGUUCCGGAGGCAGCGACCAGUGGGCUGCCAUCCUGGACAGCAUCUCCGAGCUCAAGGGCCUCGUGAAAGAUGAUGCUGAUGCUGUCGAAGCCACCCAGUCCGUUGCCUCACAUCACGUCCCCGGCCCUCGACUUCUUUAUGGUUCGUCCAGGCCCAUCGAGAAGCCUGAGAUCUUGGCCUCGAUACCGCCGCGUCCAGUGGUCGAUAGGAUCAUUUCCAAAUACUUCAACUCGAUGGAACUCGCUCCGUAUUGCCUCCACAGUGGACAGUUCAUGCAGCAGUACCAGGAAUUUUGGAAGGACCCUGGAGCGGCUCCCAUCAUGUGGAUCGGCCUUCUAUUUGCAAUCAUGUGCGUAGUGAAGUUAGCUCAGCAAAUGGCAUCAGGCCCUGCAGGAUUGGGAAAUACACAAGCAGCCCUCGUAGAGACCUUCCGGGACUGCAUCGUACAGUGCCUGAAACUCGGUCGGUACACGCAGCCAGGCCCAUUUGUGCUCGAGACUUUAGUGAUAUAUAUCAACAUUGAGCAGCUACUAUGCGAGGAUGACGAGUUGGGAAUCUACAUGGUGCUUGGCAUCACCGUCCAAUUGGCCAUGCGCAUGGGCUACCACCGCGACGCAGCCCACGUCCCGGCUUUUCAGGGCGAGAUGCGUCGUCGUGUUUGGGCCACCAUAUAUCAGGCCGACAUUGUUAUCUCGGAACAAAUGGGCAUGCGGCGCCUGAUACGCGAGCAGCAGGUUGACAAAGUCGAGCCACGCAACCUUGUUGAUGCCGACUUUAGCAGCACAGUGGUAGAGUUGCCUCCAUCACGACCUGAGACCGAUGUCACACCCGUGCUGUUCAUUAUAGCAAAGUACCGCAUAUUAUCGGUCUGGACCACAGUCUACGACGCCGUCGCCCCAGCCGAGCUGCCCAGCUACGACGAAAUCAUGCGCAUCGACCAAAUGCUGCACGACGGCCGCAGCAGCCUGCCAACCCACUUCCAAUGGCGAUCACUGGCCGAGUCCAUCACGGACCCGCCUCACACCGUUAUGCAACGUAUCUGGUUCGAGAUAACCUUCUACCACCUCCAGAUCAUCCUGCACAGGCAGUACAUUCUGCAACACGGCCAUUCCAGGGAGGUGUCUAUAAAAGCCGCGGUCAAAGUUCUCGAGUUCCAACAUUUCAUCGACGAGGAGACGCAUCCCUUCGGCCAGCUCUGCACGGUCUGGUGGGGCUUCAAGUCCGUUAUAACAUACAGUUUUCUGCUCGGAACCAGUGUCUUGUGCACCUACCUGAAGCAAAGUCGCGGGGCUAGUGCUGGAGUUGGGCCUACUCGUGAUGGCAGACUGCCUGACGGGGUCACCGUGGACAAGGUUAAGACCCUUUUGAGGAGGUCAUUGGCCAUCUGGCGUCCCUUGAGCAGCGCCGGCUCCAAAGAAUCGCAAAAGGCGAUCGAGGCGGUGCGUAUCAUCCGCGAAACGGAGGAUGGGAAUAGUGAUAUGCAAAUUGACGCUGGCGACACAAAUUCUUCUCUGGAUCCUGUCGACCACCAUCUCGCCGAUUUUGCUCAUCUCCCUUUGGCGCUAGACCUUAUGCCACGCAAUUGCGCUUUUACGUCUUCCAUUUCUCAGCUGGUGCAGACUAAGGCGCCACAUUAGGGUGGGAUAUACGUAGUCGGCUUAAUUGGGGCAGAUAGGGCUCGUAGGGAUAAACAUAACAAUUGUAGUCACCACCAAUGGAGCCAAGCAUAAGAGUAUUUGGUGCCUAGGAAAUACUUCAAUAAGCAUAUGGAGGCAAAGCUCUCAUCUAUUUCUACAUCAACGUACACUUUUCUGGUAUCCGAAUUUUGGUCCACUGGUAUUUACGUUGCUACCUUAGGGACUUAGGAAUUCAUGACAAAGCGAGUUGACGAGCUAGGCAAGCACGUUUAUAGAAAAUGUAGUAUAAAUAGGUGCGAAAAUAGAUUACAUCUAUUUGCUACAAUAGGAAACCGGG